UGAUUAAAUAACAAACGAAUGCGUUGUAGUUUUAAAACAGUUCUCGCUGCAAAAUUUUCUGAUCCAAAAACAUAUCUUCAUACUCCAGAUAGACUUUUAAUAACAACACAAGACGAGUCUUGAGAGACCAGUAGGUGGUGAUGAUUUUCCACGUAGUUACAAUUUACCAUUUACACGAAGAAGAAGCUGACCAGUCCUCCAGGAAGUCUAACGGAGUGAUGGAACCGAUUGACUUUUGAUUGUAGUGUGAGAUCACGGGCAAAACCCAUUAUGAGGUUUCUGACCUUCAGUAUAGCAUGAUAACAAGCUGAAUUUAAAGUGGAUUUUCCUAAAGAAAAUGCCUUUGUUAAUUCAAAGUAAAGAAGCUGACCUCAUAAACUCGACAGCGGAACUGUUCGAAAAACAUCCACAUUUACAGGAAAACGCAAGAACAUUUCACACCAGGCCUCUUGUUGACGUGGAUCCAAAGUGCCUCCUGUAUGUACAGCAAAGAGAGUUUGCUGCAACAACACCAGCAGAUGACAGUGUUUCGAUCAUUGGAUCAGAUGAUGCCACCACCUGUCAUUUGGUUGUGCUGCGACACACCGGCAGUGGAGCUGUUUGCCUCGCUCACUGUGAUGGCUCCGAUACUUGGUCUGAAGUCUCAAUGUUUAUGACAGCUGUUGCAUCAUUAAGUAGCACCUGUGAGGAUGGCAGAUUUGAGCUCCAUCUUGUCGGAGGAUUUAAUGAUGAAUCAAAAACAUCGCAUAAACUCAGCCUUAACAUAUUAGCAGCAUUUCAGAAACAGAAAGAAGAUAUUCAUCUGGAAACAUGUUGCAUCACAGAAAUGAAUGACAUUGUUGAUAAAGGAGCUCAUAGACCUAUAGUGUAUGGAAUAGGUGUAAAUGUUAAAACAGGGGAUGUGUUCCCAGCCUCAUUCACUCAUAGAGGGCCUGCGGAGGAGCUGCGAUCAGCACGGACCUUCACCGGGGGACUGAUGGCUGAUGUUUAUGACCCGAGUCAUGGACUUUUUAAAAUUGCUCCAUGCAAGUGGUCUCCUAAUCUGAAUAUUGCCUUUUGGUUGUCGCAAAGUGAUGAUACAAUUUUAAAGUACCUGUCCACCUCUCCAACGGCUGAGCCACCACACUUUGUUAAACACAUAAAGUCCACCAUCAUGUUCCUUUUAGAGCAUCCCAACUCUGACAGCCUGUUCCCAGGGGGUCAGCCACAGCUCUACCACAGGGCCCAGACUGGGGGCUGGGAGAGGUUUGUCCAGUCAUAGAGGCCUACCCCUUUCUCUCACUGAGCUGUUUUUGCCUCGCAGCUCAGUGGAUACACUAAGACCUUUUCACUGUUUUUUCUGUUUUUGUUGUGUCUUAACUUGGAGUCAACCUUUCACUUGACCAUAAAUCAGCUCAUCUGGAGUCUAGUGGAAGGAAAAGUGUUGCUGUUCCCGACUGAGUUAUUUUUCAUUCCAAUGGUGGUGAUCGUCUUUACCAGUCACCACCUGCUGUAUUGUAGUAAAUUGAAGUUAAUGUCCCUCUCUUUUAAAGCCCAUAAACAAUAACUGCUUGAUCUUCUUCAAAACAAGAGCUCAAUCUUUACUUGUACAGUUAAAGAAUCAACUUUCCAUUUUAUUGUCUGCCGGAAAAUUGGACUUUCAACAAACAGACACAAAGUAUUACCUAACACGUGGUCAAAGUAAUAGGAAGAAAAUUUAUUACUUUGACCACAGGAUUCAUGCUCUUACAGAACUUUACCUGAUCAAUAAAAUAAUAGAAGUAAGGAAAUUAUUCAUAAGAACUUAUGCUUUGGAAAUCUAUGCAUGAUCUGCAGUUAUUGGCACUUGCAUACAAACAUCAGUACUGCUCCACUGUGUAUAGUUUGACCUGCAGGUAAGGAAAAGUUACAGGUGGUGACAUAUAAAAGAAUAUUUUGGCACUUUGUUUUUUAAUGAUACAAAUGGCAACAACCUUCAUUGUUUAUUUGUAAGUUCUGUACAUAUGCACCUUCCUUUAGAAAAUGAAUAUGAUGUGAAUGUGGUUUAGAAACUGCAUGUGUAUGUAUACUGUGAUCUCUGGUUGAAUGCUACAAAUUUUUAUUUUACUAGUUUGUUUGGAAACCAAUGAAAUAUAUGGCCUUUUCAUUAGUUGUAUUAUAUGAGAAGUUGUAAGGUGCUUGAAGCAUUCAAUAUAACUUGUAAACAUGUCAUACUUGUUAUGAAAUAAAUGUAAAUGGGAAUGUUUA